CAGGAAAUAAGACUGAGAUGGGUGAGGAGAUGCAUGUAAGCAGUAAUGUGCUGUACAAGCUCACAAAACUACGUCAAGUUUGCAGUGAGAAAUUCAGUGAUGGAAGAUUUUUGCAUACAAAACCAGUAAAUCUAUAAAUGUCAAGUGAUUCGUGGAGGGAAACAUGCAGCCGAAUGUGGCAGACUGAGAUUGCCAAAUGACGGAGGAAUGAUGCUAAGCUGAUGCAAGCAAGCUUCCUGUUUUGUGCUGUAACAGCUGCUCAAGGUUGCCAAAGAUGUGUAUCGGGAUUUGGCGCAAGGUUUAUGUUGGAUGCACUUCCUUUCAAGCUCCAACAUGGUAACGCUGUAUUAACACAGAGACCACGUGGCUGCGCCCGAGCAUGGAGCUGGUGUCAGUACAGUAUGAAUUUGAAUACACUACUAAAGACGGUCGCCUGGUGUCAAUCAAGCCUGAUGAAAAUUACAUCCUGAUCAGAAAAACUAACGAGCACUGGUGGCAUGUCCGCAAAGACCAGCACACUAGGGCCUUCUAUGUCCCAGCUCAGUACAUGAGGGAGCUGCCUUCGCUUGGUGAAGACCCGGCGGAUACGAGCAGUCUGCAUGUGUGUGUGAGCAGCAGUGCGUCAGUGGACACAACAAAUACACCAGCAGUGAUCCGUGCACAGACGAACACCAACCCAUCAGGCUUGAGGCCUGCUGAGUGUAAAGAUACGCGUCACCAGGCGGCGGCUGCUUCAUCAUCUACCACAGAAACUCAGAUUAUCGUCGAUGUGCCUCUGUACGCACAGCCUCUUCCUGUAAGAAAGUCCACGUUACACUCCAUUAACUCGCUGCAGGAUGAUCACGUUGAAGAAGCACCAGAUAAGGAGAUUGCUAUGCACUUCCCCAAAGUCAGUAAUUCACAUAUCUAUGAGACCAUACCAGAAUUAAAUGGUCCAGAAUCAGACUCACUGUCUUCUGAGUUGCAAGAUGCUGUGGCUCCAGACAUCACGUCAUUGUUUCAGAAGGUCGACAAAAGUGCAGACGCAGCGUCUUCGUCUUCAAACAACACUGACAUUGACCAGGUGCAGAAUGAAAAUGUCCAGUCAGCGGUGUACGUCAAUGUAGCAGAGCUUCGCCAAAGCAUCUCUGAGUCUCCCCCCUCAGCUUCCUCAUCCUACACCCCUUCAUAUCUAGACCCAGAAGGAUGGGAGGUGCACGUUGACCAGGAAAGUGGUCAGGAGUACUACCACCACCCCUUCACGGGGCACACCACCUGGGACAACCCUUUUGUAACUUCCCCCACAGACCCUGACACGUUCACUGCAGAGGAGUCUUAUUCUCAAUCUCCUGUCCUGUCCCCAUCUACCAUCUCACACCUUGUGUUGACUUCAGACUGGGAGCAGUUGGUGGAUGAGAGCAGCGGUCGUCCCUAUUUCUACAACCUGAUGUCUGGGGAGACGUCCUGGCAUCCUCCAGAGCAGCUGAGCCCAUAUUCUCCUCUGAUGGAGCCUAUGAGUGUGCACAGGUUUCAGGAGGACGGGCCGCCUCCUCUGCCUGAAGAGGACUACCCUUCUGAGGAUUAUCCAGGUGCUGAUCAACCUGAGGUCUAUGAAGAGCUUCUCGCCACAUGCCCCCCCACCUUCCCUAAGGAUUACAGUCUCAGCCAUGGGAGCCGGGCCAUCAUUCCAAGGGCCAGUUUGGACCGUGGUGUCCCUGUUGGUUGGAACCUCACUGUUGAACCCAGUGGAACCUAUGUGUUCACCAAUGAGCACUCUAAAGAACAGUGGAUCAAAUCGGUGGAUGAUCGAGGACAGACCUACUAUUACCUAAGAGGCGGCUCCAAGUCCCAGUGGAAUCUGCCUGAGGCCCCAGUAGCUCCUGGCCACCCCAAGGUAGAGAACGGCCUUGAUGGGGACAACGUUUUCAAAAACUGGAGACACAGUAUGGGACCUGCACUGCUCAGCCCAUCGCAGGAUGAUGGGAGGUUUGUUCCAACUCACAGAAGGACCACGUCAGACCACAGCAGUGACAGCUCCAGCACAGGAAACUCUCCAGAGCAUAACGCUUAUGGGUUUCGACCCUGGAGAAGUCCAUAUUAUCUGACCUCGAGGUGGCUCCGCUAUACCCUGCAAAACUUGGAGAAAGCCGGAAUUCUCAACAAGACAAAAGUUUCUGAGAAUGGCAAAAAAGUCAGGAAAAACUGGGCCCAGACAUGGGCGGUUCUUCAUGGAGGAGUGCUGACUUUCUACAAAGACCCAAAGUCUACAACAACAGGAGCCUCGAACAAGACCAAUCACAUUGUCCCAGAGGUCACAGUGGAGCUGCGAGGUGCAACUAUUGGAUGGGCUUCCAAGGAUAAAUCCAGCAAAAAGAAUGUUUUAGAGUUGAAAGGCAAGAACGGUGUUGAGUUCUUGAUACAAUACGAUACUGAAAGCAUCAUCCAGGACUGGCACAAAAUCUUAGUGGAUACCAUACGACAAUUUGAGUUCCAGGACCAUCAUUCAGAGGAAGAGGAUGGAGACGUCAGUGAACGAGAUGACAAGUCUGGAGGCAAUGUGGAAAAACAAAGAGCCUCCAGGUCCAGUGUCACCCACUCAUCCAGCUCUGCAGGAGAAACAGAACAGAAGAGGGUUCGAACGAAGCUGAUGAAGUUCCUCAUGAAACGGCCCACACUGCAAUCAGUCAAGGAGAAAGGUUACAUCAGAGAAAAUGUGUUUGGUUGUCAUCUUGCCACCCUGUGUGAACAAGAGAAGACCACAGUUCCGAGAUUUGUGGAGAACUGUAUCAAAGCAGUAGAAAAGAGAGGAUUAGACAUUGAUGGACUGUACAGAGUCAGUGGGAACCUCGCUGUCAUUCAGAAACUACGCUUCAAGGCAGAUCAUGAUGAAUUGGACCUCGAGGAUGGCCAGUGGGAGGACGUUCAUGUCAUCACUGGAGCGCUAAAGUUGUUUUUUCGAGAGCUUCCUGAGCCACUUUUCCCAUACAGCAACUUUAAUGAGUUCAUCAACGCCAUCAGAAAUCCUGACCACAAAACAAAAGUGCUUUACAUUCGUGAUCUUGUCAGAUCACUUCCUCCGCCAAAUCAUGAUACCAUGAAGCUCCUGUUUGGCCAUUUACUCAAGGUCAUCCAGUACGGAGAUAGCAAUCGUAUGUCAGUGCAGAGCGUCGCAAUUGUGUUUGGCCCAACGCUGCUUCGACCAGAGAAGAUGGAAUCGGUCAACAUUGCAAUGCACAUGGUUUAUCAGAACCAGAUUGUGGAGGUCAUCCUGAAAGAAUAUGAUCGUGUCUUCUAACUGAAGCAGACUCAAAGCCUUCUGUAGAGACGUGUGCAAGAGUUCAAACGCGUUCAGGAUGUUCUAACAUGAAGCUUCUCGUUUAAAAUAAGUUAACGGGUUCCUCGGAUCUUCUCUGCUCACAGUUCUUAUGGAGGAUGAAGAGAUCUGCAAAAAAAAAAAUUGUGCUUAAUAUUUCAAACAGGAUUAACUUCUGGUGUAUCCCAAACUUACAUUGUAGGAGACUCUCACUUGUAGAAAUAUCCUCAGCAGUAUUGUAAGAUUGGCAAACAAGCCACACAAGUUAAGACAGGUGUGGUUUAGCUUGCUUUCAAAACAAACAAACAAACAAAAAUGGCCCUCACAGCUUCAGUGGAAGGACAUCUGUAUCAGGUUGGUAUCACCUCUUGAGAGUCUAGUCAUCACCACCCACGAUUUAGUUUCGCAGGAAGUAUUUGGCUUAUUUUGGGUUUGCUUGUUUUGUUUUUUAAAGUAGACUAAUAUAACUCAAUUUGAACCAGGGUGGAUGAAUUUCUCUUAUUAAGAAAUUUUAAAAGCUUUGCUUGCAUCUUUUAGACACUUUUAAUGAUUUUCUGAGUGUAAAAUUUUAUGAUAUCAUAUACGGCAAAAACUGAGCUUGUAUUCUAAUACUGUGUUGUUUGUAGUUUCAUAUUGACCCAUGCAGUCUUUUUGUAAUAUAGAGAUGUGUAAAAAGAAACAUAAUAACUGCAGAUGUUGACAUAUUAUAUUUGUGCAAAUAGGUUUUACAGUACGCUUUUUUCAGACAUGCUAUAUUUUGAUGAAAUUUAAUAGUAACACCAUAGAAAUUUAUAGGGAACUACUUUGUUUGACAUUUAGCUGCAACAUCAAUGAUAUCUCAUUGACAAUAAGGUGGAUUUCAGUUCUGUAAAUAGAAACAUGCUGAAAAUGCAGAUUAUGCCAUAAUAAAGUAACUUUGUAACAUAA